AUGUUGAUGCCAAUGAGCGCCGCUUCUCCAUUUUCAUCCUUGCCUACACCAUCACCAUCAUCUUCAUCAUCAUCAUCAUCAUCAUAUCAUCAUCAUCAUCAUCAUAUCAUCAUCAUCAUCAUCAUCAUCAUAUCAUCAUCAUCAUCAUCAUCAUCAUCAUCAUCAUCAUCAUCAUCAUCAUCAUCACUAACUAAAAAAAAUUUAAAAAAAUAUUUGCAACAAUACAACAACAUACAGACAUUAAA